AUGAUAGAGCAACAUGUUAAUGAAAUCAUAAACGAUUAUGAAAAUCGGCCACCACCGGAUUCUUAUACACCACCUGAACAAAUUGAAAAUACAGGAAGAUCAAAUGAGUCAAGAAGAUCAAGGUUGAGUAAACCAAAAAGUUCAGACACCUAUGGGAUCACUCACACGUUACCAUAUAAUAGAGAAAAAACAUCAGAUUAUAGAAAUAUUUCUGUAUUUUUGCCAAUCGCAGAAAUUACAUUCAGUUACUGUAAUGCAAUACAUUUG